CGACGUCCUGAUUUUACGGACGCCGAAAUCUGCGAUAUCGCCAGCAAUCAAAGCCUUCGAGACUACCUUCGAUAGCCUACUCUAUUGAAAGAGGUGCACAGCGCUGCGAGAAGGUAGAACGCCCCUUACUUUCAAUUCGCCAGAGCAACCCAAACGAUCGCUUAGCCAUCCGAUGAUGCAAGGAAUCGUGGAGAACGGCCAAGACAAAGUGGUAGAGCCGGAAAAACUCGAAGACGCCAACCGUAACCAACCCGGAAAACGCGUCCGCAUUAUGAUCUCUUCAUCUCUGCUGCAGGAAAAACUGCAGACACCGGAACGCCUUGAAACUGUGCACCGCCGUGACGAGUCGCUCCAAGGGGGCGAUGAGGAGUACUCGUCUCAUACCGCGGCUACUACUUCGGCCGACGCUUCCAGUAGUAAUCUAUCGGUGCGCUCCGUUCAUCAUGACGAGGCGGAAGACCCUAGUGAUUCAUCCUUCUCAGCUAUACCAGAAGAUACUGCACCUGCUUGCAACGAAAAGGUUAUUACUUCCAGUAUAAAGAGCCACGCGAGCAAUGAAAGAAGCAACUCGGAAGAACGGAAGAAGGAGAAACCCCCAACACUUCCACCGUCGUACGCUUCCACCAUCAGGAAAACUCGCCAGUUUGCCGGCAAGCUAGUGAAUAAUGAUCGUGUGCAGCUCUUCAUCAUCGUCUUGAUCAUCAUCAACUCCAUUAUGAUGGGUGUGGCUACUUUUGACUUUGCAACCGACAACGACAAGGUCAGGAAUGCUUUCGAAGCAACAGACAAGGCUUUCUUGAUUGUUUUUACAAUCGAAUUAGGAUUGCAAGCCAUGUAUCACGGCCCGCACUUAGUAAAAGAUGCCUGGCUGCUUUUUGAUCUCGUAAUCGUUGUCACGAGCUGGAGUUUGGAAGGUUUUCAAGUUGUCCGUGCGUUUCGAAUUUUUCGAACUCUUCGGCUAAUCACUCGUCUCACGGUAUUGCGCAAUCUCAUUCUGGCAAUUUUUCAAGUCGCCCCAAGUAUGGGAGCAAUCAUUGCUCUUUUGGUGCUUAUUCUCUACGUCUACGCUGUUUUGUGCACAGAAUUCUUCCGGGAUGCCUUUGUGGACGGCAUCACUAGCGAGGAUUACUUCAGUCGACUGGAUUCAUCUCUUUUUACACUGUUCUCGAUGAUGACAUUGGAAUGGGCGGACAUUGUUCGGGAACUCAUGGAGGAAUACUACUGGGCCUGGGCCGUCUUUGGGACCUUCUUGGUGGCAACUUCUUUCAUUUUGUACAGUCUAGUGAUUGCUGUCAUUUGUGAUGCGGUGGCCGUAACGGAACACGAGGAAGAGGCAGCUAUCGAAGCCGCUUUGCUGAAAACCUCUCAACAGGAGACCCAAGAACGCAUACGAAGUAUACAAAGUCGAAUGCAAGAUUUGACCACGGCACAGUAUCAGACUUUGACCGCAGUGAAUACAGCAUUGCUCCACCUACAUGGCCAAGACCUCAAGCCAUUUCUGACGGAGCGGUCUGUUUCGCUUGCGAAUGUGCGCCGCAUCAGUUUAGAGAAAAAAACAGAGAAGUCCCCGAGAAUGUUUUGACAUCGGAUUACUGGAUUGUAUGACGACGGAAGCCACGAUUCUUUCAUUGCACCUGUUGCCAACGCGAGAUGACAAACAAAUGGCAGUCGAUCAAAUUGCAUCAAUAACGUUUCCACUGGUUAAAUUUUUUUCACCUUACGUGAUUUGAUGGCUUUCCACCAACAACGAAAUGAUUAUGGCACAAUGAUCACAUAUUCGGUCGGUAUGCAUAACUGAUUCUUGUUUGAUGCAUAAUAUCGAUAUGGGGCAGGCAAUGAAGAUGACCUCUUCUCGUGCUUCGAACUAUUCUCGCAACUCUGCAGGAAAGUCAACGGUACAUACAUGUGAUAUCAUCCUUAAACUAGAAAUGAAUGUUAACAAUUG